AUGUUGUUGUUAGCAUUAAGUGAUGCACAUAUUCCUGAUAGAGCAACUGAUUUACCUGUAAAAUUCAAAAAAUUACUAAGCGUUCCUGAUAAAAUAUCUCAGGUCGCUUUAUUAGGUAAUAGUACAAAGUCUUAUGACUUUUUGAAAUUUGUCAAUCAGAUAUCUAACAAUAUAACAAUCGUAAGAGGAGAAUUUGAUAAUGGGCACUUACCAAGCACGAAGAAAGAUAAAGCAUCAGAUAACUCUAGACCGAUGGAAGAAAUUCCUAUGAAUAGUAUAAUAAGGCAAGGUGCUUUGAAAAUCGGCUGUUGUAGCGGUUAUACCGUUGUGCCAAAGAACGACCCCUUAUCUUUGUUAGCAUUGGCACGCCAGUUGGAUGUAGACAUUUUAUUGUGGGGUGGUACUCAUAACGUUGAAGCUUAUACCUUAGAGGGAAAAUUUUUCGUUAAUCCAGGUAGCUGUACGGGUGCUUUUAAUACAGAUUGGCCAAUUGUCUUUGAUGUUGAGGAUAGCGAUGAAGCUGUGACAUCAGAGGUGGACAAGCCGACUAAGGAGAAUCAGUCGGAGGAUGACGAUGCCAAGGGUGGAUCAACAGGAAAGGAACAACCUGGGUCUUACACGCCUAAAGAAGGCACUGCUGGGGAACGUGAGAAUGAGAAUGAAAGCAACGUUAAGCCUGAAAACCAAUUUAAGGAAGACGAGGUUGAUAUGUCAGAUUCGGAUAUAAAUGGGUCUAAUUCACCAAGUUUCUGCCUCUUGGAUAUUCAAGGCAAUACCUGCACGUUAUACAUUUAUUUAUACGUUAAUGGAGAAGUGAAGGUCGAUAAAGUGGUUUAUGAAAAGGAAUAG